AACUGGCAAAAAUGAUACCGUCGGAGGAGUGCACGGCCCAAGACAACUUCGGCUAUCCUGACACACCCUGCAUGUUCGUCAAGCUCAAUAAGAUCAUAGGCUGGAAACCAGACUGCUACAACGACGCAGUCAACCUGCCCGCAGACAUGCCUGAAGAUCUGAAGGACUACAUCAAGACUUUAGACUCUUCAAAACUCAAUCAGAUAUGGGUCUCGUGCUGGGAAGAGAAGUCGAACACCACCAGCAUAGAAUACCCGUGGGGGCGAGGACUGUCUGCAGACCACUACCCGUAUACCAACGAGGACGGCUACCGGAGCCCUGUGGUCGCAAUCAAGUUGACUGCACCAGUGAACACAGCCGUGGUGGUUCGGUGCCGGGUGUGGGCGAAGAACGUGGUCUACAACAAGAGCCUCAAGGAGCCGUCGGGCUACACGCGCAUACAGCUGUACAUUGAAGACGGCGAAACCACAGAAGCGCCCACAGCUGACAACUAAGCCAGCGAUGGAAACGGGUUUUACCAAUAGUGCGGUUCUUGCAACUCACCACUCAUUAACUUUAGGUCCUCUUAAUAAGUUUAGGUCGUUCGUUCCAGUUUAAAAAAUCAAGAAACUUAGUGCGGUUCACACAGGCGGCGGUCCGUUUUACAUG